GGUGCAAAGCAAGCCAUACGCCAUGCGGCAAUACCAUGGCUCUUUGUGACAUUUAUUUAUUUGCUUGCUUCUUCUUUGUCCUCCCUGUUAUCGCUCCUCCUCCUUCACUUUCCAACAUCCUUUCUCCUCCUCCUCGUCCUCCCUCCUUGUUCACUCUUCAAACUACAAUCACCAAGAACUUUUUGUUCUCCUCUCCUCCCUCUAUACCCACAUUGUUCAGUCGGAUCACUUACUCGUCUAUCCACCAUGGCUGGCGACGGUGAAUCUACCAUUGUUUCCAAUGCCGCCAACUUGGCCAAAUACAUGAAAUUGGACCAGAAAGGCAAGGUUCUCGCCGAGUACAUCUGGAUUGAUGGAUCCAACGGCCUUCGCAACAAGACAAAGACCCUGAGUGAAGCCCCUAAGAGCGUCGACGAUCUUCCCGAAUGGAACUUUGACGGCUCAUCCACCGGCCAGGCUCCGGGCGACAACUCUGAUGUCUACAUCCGACCCGUGGCCAUGUAUCCCGACCCAAUCCGUCUAGGCGAAAACAUCCUGGUUAUGUGCGAGACUUGGGAUCCCGAUGGAACGCCCAACAAGUUCAACUAUCGCCACGAGGCAGCGAGGUUAAUGGAGGCCAACGCCAAGCAUAAGGUCUGGUUUGGGUUAGAGCAAGAAUACACCCUCUUGGCGGCCGACGGCUGGCCGUACGGCUGGCCCAAGGGUGGAUUUCCUGGUCCCCAGGGCCCAUACUACUGCGGCGUUGGCACUGGCCGUGUCUACUGCCGUGAUAUUGUGGAGGCACACCACAAGGCGUGCAUGUACGCUGGUAUCAAUAUCUCCGGUACCAAUGCCGAGGUGAUGCCCGCUCAAUGGGAGUACCAGGUUGGUCCUUGUGAAGGCAUUGACUUGGGUGACGAACUCUGGGUCUCCCGAUGGCUCCUCCACCGUAUCGCUGAAGAAUUCGGCGCCAAAGUCUCGUUCCAACCCAAGCCUAUCCCUGGCGACUGGAAUGGAGCUGGUCUUCACACCAAUGUGUCGUCUAAGGAAAUGCGUGAAGAAGGUGGCAUGAAAUUCAUUGAAGAGGCAAUGAAGAAGCUCGAGAAGCGCCACGUGGAGCAUAUCAAGGUCUACGGUGAAGACAACCACCUGCGUAUGACUGGCGCACACGAAACUUCCAGCAUUGAUAAGUUCACCUGGGGUGUUGCCGACCGAGGAUCGUCCGUCCGCAUUCCCCGAGCCUGCGCCCGAGAGGGCAAGGGCUACUUUGAGGACCGACGGCCAGCAUCCAACGCUGACCCAUACCAGGUGACGGGAAUGAUCGUUGAAACCUUGUACGGCUCUUUGCCCGCCGAAAAAUGAUUGUGAAGACCGUGAGAACGACGUUUACUCAUAGUAUUCGAUGAUGGGACAAGACAGAAAGGCAGGAUUGAGGGCGGAGUUAUCAGUGAACGCAGUUUGCCAAGUAUGACGUGCUUCUUACAAUCUUAGAACGCAAAGAGAGAUGUUGAGCUAGAGAUUCAAUGUCAUGAAAGUCCAACGA